AUGAGCAGAGAAUUUUACGUUCCUUGUACACCUUACACUUAUCAGUGUGGAAGUGGCGGAGGGUCGACGGAAGGCGUCGUUGGGAGCGUCAGUGGUAGCGGCAGCGGUGGUAACAGCAGCAGUGGUGGCAUGGAUUGCAUGCCCCUACGUCCAGGUCCCUUUCACUAUUUGAUAAGCGAGCAGGCGAAGUCCUUGGUGGCCCUACAGGAGCUGCAGAAUGAGGUCGGCGCCCUUCUCGAGUUCCGGGACCUCGUCAUCGAGACGUUCCCAAACCUCCGGCACAAGAUGGCCGCGACGGCGUCCGCGGGAGCGUCCGUGAUGUCGUCUACCUGCACCCAAAAUUCCCACAUCCCUCUACCACUGUCCAGUCCAUCCUCGAGAAGAAUAAACGAAUGGGAGCCGGGGAAAGUGAGGAGACGAGUGCCGCGAGAAGGUGGCGAGUCCUCGUCCUCCUCGUUGCCCAGGAGUCGCAGCAACUCGCACAGCGGCGGCACCAAGAACAAUUGCAGCGCCACGGUUCAGGAUUCCGGUUUCAGCACCGAGACCUCGUCGAAGGACAGUGCUUCGACGGCGAUAGCGCCCAGACCGAACAGUCCUCGGCCUGCUGUCUUAGACGACGCCGAGGACGAGCUGUGGAAUCUCUUGGACGUGAUCCAUCGUAAGGGAAUCAAGCUCAGAGAGGAGGUAGAGUGUCUUCAGGGUCGUUUGGAAAGCGUAGCGCCUGAAGAUCUAGCCUCCACGAAUAUUCUCGACGCUGUUGGGAAGGUGACGUGUUUGGGUGGCGAGAGGGCAACGACGAUAUCAACGGAGGAGGGGGAUAAAGGGGAGAAAGACAGGGAUUCGCAGGUGAUAGCGCUUAGAAAGGAGAAGGAGCAGCUUUUGGAUAAAGUAGCUGAACUCGAGGCUGAAACUAUAUCCAGUCGAGCUAGAGCGCAGGAGCUGCAAUCGGAAUUGGCCGCGUUAUCUGCGUUAAAGAUCGGCUUGGAGAAUCGACUGAGGGCCGGACUGAAUGAAAAUUCCUCGGAAAUCCUCGUUCCAGGUGCGCAAAGGCUUCAGCCGAUCGCACCUGUCCUACCUGUUGUUCCCUCACCGAAAACCAACAACGUUAGUAAUAUUAAGAGCAAAUCUUCGGCGUUCGCGUCGGUGACGACGUCCACGAAGGCGCACAAGAGCCGCUUUCGAACGAGGACCAUCGAGAAGAACGUGUUGCUCGACGUGAACGCUCACAACGAAGAGCUGCGCGAUAUCGACGUCGAGGCGAACGUGAACGAGAGGAGAGCACGAUUAGGUGCGUUAGAUUCCGUCCUUGUUUCGCCAACCAGGGUUGCGCAUGUGAAGGACGUCGAUUCGAAGAAGAUUGCUGCCAUUCUCCGAGAAAACUCGCCCCUUGAGCUGCAGCGGCAUUUAAUCACUACUACCGUCCAUAAUCAGGUUCUACAAAAGAGGUUAGAUGAAGUAGAGAAAAGCACGGAAACUCUCUCUGAACGGUUAGACAAGGCUCGCGAGGAAAAUGACGAUCUCCGUUUCCAGCUGGAAGAAAGAAACAUCGAGCUGGAAGGCACAAGAGCGCGCGUCCGCGUGCUGGAGAGACUCCAGCAACGGCCGCCGACGGAGGCGGAUCCAGAGGUGGACGGAGAGCAACCGAGAUGCGAACAGAGCGGUCCGGAGCCAGGAAGCAGCACAGAAUCAGCUCGCGAUCAUCAUCAAGCCAUCGAGGUGAAACCGUCGCCAAGACGGCGUCCUAGUCGUAUACCUUUGCCCGGUAGCACCGGAAAGGCAGCCGCACCGAGACCACCCAGCCACGGAAGGAACGACAGCAAAGAGUCUUUGAAAUCGUUGACAAGGCCUCCGCGCGAUUCCAGCCGCGACAGCCACGGCGGCAAGUCUCUGUCGAAGGCACGUGACGCCAAUCGAGACUCGUUGGGCAACAACAAAAGCCUGACCAAGAGUAACAACCACAACAACAACAUCGGCGGCAAUAGUAACGGGAGCAACAAGGAGACGAACAGGGAGUCCCUGAAUAAGUCCCUGCCGCGUAACAAUUCCAGCCGAGACUCCUUAAACAAAUCCUCCUCGUUGUCCCGCGCCCGUGACUCGCUGGAGUCUAACAACCUCGGCACGUCCUCAUCCCCAGGGACGACUCCUCCUCGACGACCGCCCGCUCCUGCACGUCGUUCCUACAGCCUGGCCCGCGCGACAACAUCCGUUGAUACCGAGAACGGCAAGAGACUCUCGAUCCACACUUGUCUUAAAAACGACGAAUCGCCCGACGAUCCACUACCGAAAUGUCUGAUCUGGAGCGCAGGCGAGCGUGCGUUCGAGCCCGUCCCCGGCGGUCCAAUAAAGAAAAUGGCCCCUUCUCGCGUGCCGCCGGUUUUUCUCAGUUGCACUGAACCACCGAGUUCGUGGUGCUCGACGAAUGGUAGCUUCCGACACAGCGACUCCUCAUUGUACCCGGACUCGUUGAACCAAGAAACUUCAUCGGUUACCGGCACAACCAGAGUGGAAUUCGUCAUCGGCUUACGGACCAGACGUUUUCCAUUGAACUCUUUAUACGGCGUUUGGCCUCAUCGCUACUUCGACAGCAUAGACUCGGCGGCAAUGCGACCAGAAAGUCUUCUUACCGACGAAUUCUCGCUUGUUCGUGGCGAAGCACUCGCCGAAUGCGAUUCUCUCGAGUGUCAUCCGAUUUCGAACGAGAGCUGAAUCGCCAGAUCUGUGCUUUAUUGUCACCAUGGAUCGUACUUAUUGUUAAAGAAUCUUGGUUCGAUUGGUACUUACAAACGCACGUUCUACAUUUGAAGAUAGAAGUGAUUACUUUUUUCAUAUUG